AUGAGCGGCGCACGUGAGUGUGUUUGCCUGUAUGAUGUAAUACACCCCGCGGUGCCCCGCGGUGCCGUGCGGGGAGCGGCAGCCUCGGCUGUGUUGCUCGUGGUGCCGUCCUUGGCGCUGACUUGGACGCUGUCCCUCUCUGUCGUAGACGAGGAGCUGGUGCUGCUGGACCAGUAUGGCGGGCUCAGCGUCCUGCACGCUCGCAACCUCACCACCGUCACCCUCAUCAGCAACACGACUCUGAAAAGGCUGAAUCCAUCCAAAAUACACGUCUCUCCGGACCACAAAUAUGUCUUACUCGGGUACAACGUCCAAAAGCUGUUCCGGUACUCGUUCCUGGCGCAGUACACCAUAUACAACAUCGCGACGGGGGACCUGGUGCCGCUGUCGCCCACGGAGCCGCCCCCGCCGCCGCCGCCCGCCCACGCACCAGGGCCUCUGGGCCCCGUGGGGCCGCCGGGGCCUCCCAACGCGGCGCUGGCGCCAGGACCACCCUUCCUUCUAGACGCCGCCUGGGCGGGCCGCGGCAGCGCGCUGCUCAUGGUCUACGACUACGAUAUCUACUACAAACCGAGCGCCAACGCCACGCGCUCGUACCGGAUCACAAACAGUGCGGUGCCCGGAGUCAUCUCCAACGGCGUGCCCGACUGGCUCUACGAGG